AUGACUGAUCUCGAUCCCCUUGGCGAUGCUGACCUUGAGCGUUUAAGCCAACUCUGCGAAGCUUCUGCUACCAUUGCGCAUCCUGCCAUCCGCCCUGAACGAGGAACGCAAUCAACGGAGGAAAAGAGGCACUUGACGGAUGAUCCCUGGGGUCGGGCAGUACAGCGACUGCUUCAGAGCAUCUCGGGAGACAAUGGAACGCUCGGCUCGUUCCUCGAUGCUUUCAUGUACCAGGGCGAGGAGCCAAUCGACUACCGAUGGGGCCAGUAUCGCUUCGACACUUACCUCUCUCCCGUUCUUCAAUCUGUCGCAGCAGUGCUCUAUGAACUGGAGAGCGGUGGCCAGCUCGAGCCUCUCACCGGCGGAACUGAAUUCGAUUCCUUUGCAUUCGACAUAGGUAGCCUCCAGGCGGAGUUCGUGAUUCCAUCUCUUUUUGAGCAUAUGCUUCUCGUCGACUACGGCCUCGGAAUACACCCACUUAGAGGUAGCUUCUGGUGCCCAAAAUGGGUUAUGGGCCGUUUUGUGAUGCGGCACAUCAAGGAACUGGCACGACAUCUUUGCUGGAUGGUGGACCAGUGUAUAGACCAAGGUGUGAUGCCGGACAAAGAGGUUUUGGAGUUCAUGGGCAAUCGCUUCUGGGGCUUUGAAUACACAUUCAACAUGACCGACGUUGCAAUUAUGUUGUUCUACUAUCAUACCCAUCAUGACGAGAUUAGCCAGCAAGGCUUCAACAGAGGAUUAACGGGCUAUACAGGGGUGAUGAACGAGCUCAUUGCAGAGAUGCCGACGAGAGGAUCGGCGCGUCUGACUCGAAAACUUUCCGUCGACUUUUACGAGCUUAUUCCUAAAUGUGUUCGGAGCACCGCUCUUAAGGAGUCACUUCGUGCUGCAGUGGUGGAAUUGGCAAUCGAGCAUCGCAUCAGAAUCACGGUACCCGGUGACUCAAAGAACCGACCGACCGGUGCCACAGCUUGA